GCGGAAAAUAUCCAGAAUCACACACACGCACUAUGAAUUACCACGGCGUUAGAUCCCAUUCUAGGUCUCCCCAUGGACAUUUGGGACGACCAGCGGAGCCAUGCCGGGCCGAACUUUGGGACGACCGAAGCGAGCGCUAUGCUUCUAGUGUGCGCGCGCAUACGAACUUCUCUUAUUGCCUUUUUUUUGUUCGCCUCGGGUAUUUCGCUCAACGUGUCCGUGCACAUUUUGGCGUAGAUCAUUGUCUGGCCGCUCUGGCCCUAGUCAGACGCACCGCGGGGGACGUUUUGCCAGUUGUAAUGUCCAAAAUUCAGAAUGUCCCGACACUUAGUCACCAAUUCUAUUUUCGUUACUAUUUUCGGAUAUGGUACAUAUCCAACGCCGAUUCUUGCUUUCUUUCCCUUCGUUUUGGUUUCGGCGUUGCGAUCGACCUUUCCCCCGGUGUCAACGUUGUUUCAACCUAGUGUGUUGUCUGAUAAAGUAGUCAACGAACCAGGGGAUUUUUAUAUCCGAAGUGUGUACUUCAGUCCGAACAGGAAGUUCCUUGCCGCCGGAGGUGACGAUAAACUUAUUCGGGUACGCCACCUUCUUGCUGUAUCUGGCUCUUUGACACUUCCCGCAUGUCUCCUCGGGCUUAUUCAGAUAUGGGACAUUGAACGUCGAGCGAUUUGGCACCGCUUCGGAGGUCAUGUUUACUCGCUUGAUUUCUCACGCGAUGGAAGGCUACUGGUCUCGAGAUCGGGAGACCAGACCUCGCGUAUUUGGAAUAUGGAUACAGGGGACUGUUCCUGACGAUCAUCGAUCCUGAGUCGACUGAUGCUGGAGUGAUGUCUGUUGCGAUUUCGCCCGAUGGACGAUUCGUGGCUGCUGAUAGAUAUGAUUGUGCGCAUAUGGGACGUUGCCAGCGGAGCGUUGGUGGAGAGGCUGAGGCAUAAAGAUCUUGUUUAUCCGGUGGCAUUUUCGCCCGACGGGAGAGGUGGGGAGCCGGGUGAAGUAUUGGGAUCUGAACGAGUUGGGGAAGAUCGUGCCGAGGG